CAGCCCAUUUUCCGUACUUACAUUUAGUUCAAUAAGUUGUACGAAUGUGUUCGCACAUUAAUAUGACACGAUGAUUAAGUUUUAUGCUGUUUUGUUUAUAUUCUCACUUUUCAUAACGGUUUUCGCUGAAAAGGACGAUUUUAAACCAGAUGACAAAGUCGACAGCAUAGAGAAUACUGCAACCGGUCCCAUUGAAGUUGAUUCGGAAUCAAUAGAAGUCGUUCAGAGAGGUGCCGAUGAUGAUAAACUAGAAGAGCCUUUUAAUUACGACCAUAUACAAGAGGAAGACAACCGUAGUGGAGGAAUCGAGGACACAAACUCAACGGACGUUCCAAAGUUUGAACAAUUUUUCGACGGCGCAGUAAGUGAUAAUUCAGAUGAAUAUGUCCAUAAGUUGAUUCCAGAACAUAUAGAAGUAGACACAGAAUCCAACGAUGCUAAAGCAGUGGAGAACGAGAGUAGCACACAACAAGAAGACAUAGAAACGGUUUACGAACAUACAACUCAUACCCAAGCCCCUGAUAUUGAGAUUUAG